UAAUAACCGAAAAAAAAUCGAUACGAAACGUAGAUCGAUUUUACAUUAUUUAAGAUCAAUUUAAAUUUGAUUAGGUAAAUUAACAGGUAAAUUUAAACUGUUUGAAAAGAGUAUUUCAUGUAAAAACGACAUGGGUUUGGCAUGACUUAAAAUUUACAUGGUGUGGGUAAAGUUGAAGAUCUCUCUGAAUCCCAGUCAAAAGUAGCACCCCAGGACACAAAACUCUGACCCGAACCCUAGUCACUCGAAAUUUUAAACGUUUUUAACCCCAUUAAGUGCUAUUUUCGCUAGUUAGUUAGCAACCAUGACCGACUCGGAUGAGACAGCCUGGAUCCAUUGGUUUUGCAAGCAGCGCGGCAACGAGUUCUUCUGCGAGGUCGACGAGGACUACAUCCAUGACAAGUUCAACCUCAACUUUCUCGACUCGAACGUGACGAACUAUCGCUGUGCUCUGGAGGUGAUCCUGGAUCUGAACUCGGGCUCAGCCUCGGAUGCCCCCGCCGAACCGGAAUUGGAGGCCAGUGCCGAGAAGCUGUAUGGGUUGAUCCACGCCCGCUUCAUUCUCACCAACCGUGGUAUCGAUCUGAUGCUCGACAAGUUCCACAAGGGAGCCUUCGGCACGUGUCCACGCGCCUUCUGCCAACGCCAGUCGGUGCUGCCCAUCGGAUUGAGCGACAAUCCCGGCGACGAAAUGGUUCGCAUCUACUGCCCCAAAUGCAACGAUGUGUACUUUCCCAAGGCGGCGCGACACUCCAAUCUGGACGGGGCCUUCUUCGGCACCGGAUUCCCUCACAUGCUCUUCAUGGUGAAUCCGGAUGCGAGGCCCAAGCGGACGAAACAGAAGUUUGUGCCCAGGCUCUAUGGCUUCAAGAUCCAUCAGAUGGCCUACCAUUCGCCCGCUGAUAUCCUAAAAGAUUUAACGGGAGCGGGAGGACCGGUAGCAGAAAUCGAUACCCCGAACCACCAUGCCUGA